CUCGACGUCUCUCCCUCUCCCUCUCCUCUCCAACACCAUUGCUCAAUCCCUCUGGUUACAAUCCAAUCCUCCAUCUCCCAUCAAUAACCUCAAAACCGCCCCCUCUCCUCCUUUGCUCGCAGCCGCAGCCAUGGACGCAGUACUUCGUCAAUCGAAGUCCAUGUGUCCCUUCUUGAAGAAGACCUCGCCGGCCACUCUUCGAUCCCUUUCUACCUCCACCCGCCAGUCCUCGCCCGGCGGUGGCAGCAUGUCUAACCUGCAGACCAUUGCUCGUCGCUGCCCUGUCAUGGGCAAGGCGCUCGCCAUCCAGACCGCCAAGUCCAGCAAGCUGGGUCUCGGUGGCGUGGCGGCCAUUGGGGCCAUGAGGGCAUUCUCUGGCAAGGUGGGAAAGGCGAAGCUUCACACCACUCGUUCUCAGGAGGCGCGAGCUCUCGAGGACACCAUCUUCGGUCGCGACAAAGUCCCCUAUCCGCAGCCUGCGCAACCCACGCGCGCUGCAACCCGCGCGACGCCCAAGUUCGACUACGAGGGAUUCUACGAUGCCGAGUUGGACAAGAAGCACAAGGACAAGUCGUACCGCUACUUCAACAACAUCAAUCGCCUCGCCAAGGAGUUCCCGCGCGCUCACAUGUCCAACAAGGAUGAUCGAGUGACGGUGUGGUGCUCUAAUGACUACCUCGGCAUGGGGCGUAACCCACACGUCUUGAAGACGAUGCACGAUACGCUCGAUGAAUACGGUGCGGGUGCGGGUGGUACCCGGAACAUAUCUGGGCACAAUAAGCAUGCCGUUUCACUUGAAGCAGCAAUUGCGAAACUGCACGGGAAGGAAGCAGCUCUAGUAUUUUCGUCUUGCUAUGUGGCCAACGAUGCCACGCUCGCAACUCUGGGUUCGAAGAUGCCCAAUUGCGUAAUUCUCUCCGACUCCCUCAAUCAUGCGUCUAUGAUCCAAGGCAUCCGUCAUUCCGGGGCCAAGAAAUUAGUUUUCAAACACAACGAUCUCGCGGACUUGGAAGCCAAGCUCGCGAGCCUUCCUUCUGAUGUUCCAAAGAUCAUCGCCUUCGAAUCCGUCUACAGCAUGUGUGGCAGUAUUGGGCCUAUCGAAGGAAUCUGUGACCUGGCCGAGAAAUACGGCGCGCUUACUUUCCUCGAUGAAGUCCACGCUGUAGGCAUGUAUGGACCACACGGCGCUGGUGUAGCUGAGCACCUCGAUUACGAAGCUCAUGCUGCAGGGCGCCCGAAGGGUACGAUUAUGGACCGUAUCGAUAUCAUCACUGCGACUCUAGGAAAGGCCUAUGGUUGCGUCGGCGGCUACAUCGCCGGCUCAGCAAAGAUGGUCGACACAAUCCGCUCCCUGGCACCAGGCUUCAUCUUCACUACUUCCCUGCCACCGGCCACCAUGGCUGGUGCCCGGGCCGCUAUUGAGUACCAGAUGGAAUACGGCGGCGACCGCCGCCUCCAACAACUGCACACGCGCGCAGUGAAAGAUGCUCUCACCGAACGAGACAUCCCCGUCAUCCCCAAUCCCAGCCACAUCAUUCCCGUCCUCGUAGGCAACGCCGAGCUAGCCAAGAAAGCCAGCGACCUCCUCCUCGAGAAACACGACAUCUACGUGCAGAGCAUCAACUACCCAACGGUGCCGGUCGGCCAGGAACGGCUCCGCAUCACGCCGACGCCAGGCCACACGCGUGAGCUGCGCGAGCACCUAGUCGAGGCCGUCGACCAGGUCUUCACGGAGCUGGGCAUCAAGCGCACGUCGGCGUGGGCCGCCGAGGGCGGCUUCAUCGGCGUCGGCGAGGCGUCCCCUGACCCAGCCAUGGCGGAGCCGCUGUGGACGGACCAGCAACUCGGUCUGGACAAGGACGUCGUGGCGCAGAUCAAGGACGCUCAGCCGGUAGGCGUCAUGGAGGCGCUGCUCGCGCGCGAGCAAGCCCAAGCCGAGACGCUCAAGGCUGCGGCCUAGUCGUGCCUCUCUGUCGACAUCUCUCUUUCUUUCUUUCUCCCUCCCUCCCUCUGGAGGAGCGGAAGGAAGGAAGGAAGGAAGG